GAUUCGUCGAGCGCGAGCUGAGUCUGUCCCCCGUUGGCUGGAUAGUACACGUCAGCAGGCAACGCGUUUCCCCAGAUGAAUCAUAGUCCCAUCAUCUCCUUCCUGGUGCGAUCGUGUUGACACAUUACACCUAGUUUGGGUACCGAAAAGAAGCGAUAGUUUCACGCAAAUGACACGAAUUCCAAAGAGUGAAGUCAGAACAGCAGCGAGGUCAAAGUCAGCCAUCGACGCGCGUGUGACACUUUAGUCCGAGGCACGCGACUGUUAGCGAGAGUUCGACGCGCUCGAGACACUAUGUUGCGGACACGUUUGCGGUGAACGCGCGCGCGAUACGGUGACUGGGAGCCGCCGCUGCCUCGCUCGCGACUCCGACUGCUACCUGAAGAUGAGGUUUCGGCUGGUCCGGAGGAAUCUGCUGGCGCUGCUGGGUGUCUGCCUGGUAGUUGCCACUCUGUUGUUGUCCACGCGGGUGUUAGUCGUUUCUGACGACGACUUCCGCGAAGCGAAAAACGCCGGCAACGCGCACGCUAUUGAACCGACGAAGCGUAACUUUGGCUCUUUGCCAGAGUUGGCCAAGUCCCUUUACAACGCCAAUUACAAGCAGCGUGUUCACAAUGCAGACAAGUUUCCAGGAGACCCACAGCUGGUGCUGGUUGUGCAGGUCCACAACAGGCCCGAAUACCUCAAACUACUCAUCAAGUCACUGGAGAAAGCUGCCGAGGUCCACAGCUUUCUCCUGAUUUUCAGCCAUGACUACUUUUCAGAGGAAAUAGACGCCAUUGUGCAGAGGAUCACUUUUUGCAAAGUGCUGCAGAUUUAUUUCCCUUUUAGCACGCAGCUGUAUCCCAGUGAGUUUCCUGGGCAGGAUCCACGUGACUGCCCUCGAGACACAUCCAAGGACGACGCUCUCAGAAUAAAAUGCCUGAACGCGGAGCACCCUGACUCCUAUGGGCACUACAGGGAAGCCUCCAUCACGCAGACCAAACACCACUGGUGGUGGAAAUUGCACUUUGUGUGGGAGCGUGUGCACAUGAUGCAGGGCUACAGUGGCUUUGUCAUCUUUCUUGAGGAGGACAACUAUAUAUUACCAGACUUUUUCCAUUUCUAUAAAUCAGUGAUAGAGUUCAAGAGGAACAGCUGCCCAGACUGUGACAUGCUGGCUUUAGGCAACCACAAUGGCCUUCCUGACUUCACCAGACUUUCUAAUAAGGUGUUGACCACUAGUUGGAUGUCCAGUAAACACAACAUAGGCAUGGCCAUCUCCAGGGAGGUGUACUACAAGCUGGUGGGCUGCAGCAACGACUUCUGCACCUAUGACGACUACAACUGGGACUGGACUCUGCAACACCUCUCAGGCAAGUGCAUAUCAAAGCCCCUCAAAGUGCUUGUAGCACAGGGUUCCAGGGUCCUGCACACAGGGGACUGUGGUCUUCAUCAGAAGGAGAACUGCAGGCCAGAGUGGGCCUCACAGAAGGUUGAGGAGGCACUUCAGUCCACCAAGGAUGGACUUUUCCCCCCAUCUCUCACUUUGGAUGGUGCAGAAACAGUGGAGCACAAGCCCCAUAUGAAAAAUGGAGGAUGGGGAGACGUUCGAGACCACAGUCUAUGCAACAGUUAUGUCAAACAGCUUUGAACUGUCACAUUCCUAUAUAUUAAUAAGGGUUUUUGUUGGUGUUCUGUAGAUCAUUCAAUACUUUUCAGGGUUUAAGAGGCUGUGAUCGGUUACAUUUUCAUUUUGAGUGUGUUUAUUGUCUCUUUCCAACAAAGUCUUCCAAGAAGUUGGGCCAAAUGUUGUAUACAUACUGUAACUAUAGUUCUAAUUAAUUUUAAAAUCAUUUUGUUUAAAUGCCAAAGCUGCACAUUUGCCAAAGUCAUUUAUGACGCUUGUGUUGUUUGUUUCACACAAGCUGAGUCAUACUGUGUAAUUUCAACUGACCUAAACUGUGUAUCGCUUUCAAAACAGUAGUUUAAAUAAAUUGCCUUGUGACGGGGGGAACAAACAUAUCAAAGACUGCACAUGCAUUCAAUAAUCAUUUGAAAUUUUUUUUUUGCAGAUAUAUUGCCUUUUAAUAGGACCUCUGUUUAUUCACAUGUUCAAUUUGUAUCAGUGCUUUUAUGAAACAGUUAUUUUAUGUUUUAUAUGAGCCAUUUAUGGUACUCUAUGGGAAUGGCACAUGUGAUAUAGAUUUCAUGAAAAUGUGUUUGACAGUCAAGCACUGGUUUUCUGAAAACCAACGCUACUGUAGCAUAGACUGUUCACACAUGAGUGGAGUUGUUGUUACUGAAUGCACCCUUCAGUUUUCUGUCUGACAUAACCAGGUCUUCAUCUGAGGAAAGGUUGACUGACCGUACAUGUUUUGCCAAUCCCCUGCUACACAAGGCUCUGUUCCCUGGUUGCAACAGCGAAUGCUUAAUAUUGAUUAUUUCUCUGUUUGCAAAAGAGUGACCUUUUGGAUUUUUGUUCAGUUUUCCUUCUGCAAACAGCAUAGCUGCCUGUGACUGUGUAUUUUUACAUAUGCACCUUUUUUGUGUAAAACGACUUUGGGAUGUAAAAAACACAAGCAAUGUGAGUUGCACUGGGAUUUUGUAACAUAGAAAUGCAAUAUAGACAAUAUAUUAUGGUGAUGGAUGUCUACAAUGCAGAAAAAGGAGAAACUAUUACCAUAAUAGUUAUAUAGCAUAAUUAUUGCAGAUAACGCCGGGAAUACAUAGUUAUUGCAGUUGUUGCCUUCAAACUGACCAAAAGUGCCUUUUUUUCAUUUUAGUACUUGUAUUGUCCUGAUGUUUUUCCCACCUUUACUCGAUUCUAAGAGAAAACCAAAUGUUGAUUUGACAAAAAUAUUUUAUGUGCAAUAAUUUAAUUAAAAUAAUUAAAUUAUUGAGUCACUUGCAUCUUGUCUGUACAGACGUUAGUGGUCUGAAACAAGUGCUCCAACAUGAUGUGGUGCCUUAUAAAUAUUCCUGGGAUAGUCACAAACAUUAAAAAAUGUGUGUGCUGCAUUUCUUUGUAUGUGACGCAAACCUGAGACCAUUUGUGUAUGCUUAAAUGAUCUUUUCUGAUCAUCACUUGAAAUAACUGCAUUGUUCGUUUAAUGUUUGCCAAAUGUGAAAAAAUAAAAGAGCUGUUGAAUGGU